AUGGCCCGGAAGAGGAGGCGGCCUGGGAUUCCUAGGCCGGAGAACCAGAAUCCUGCUCAGAGGAACCCGAAAGAUGGGGCGGGUCAGGGCUCACGGCUGGAGAUCGACAGUUUCCUUGGCAGCGCCAAGCAACUUCGCGACUUCGUCGCGGCCGCCCACGAGGAAGAGGGCAAGAACUUCGAGCGGGCUGCUGCUGCUUUACCGCUAGAGCUCUCUGAGCUGCUUGGGAAUGUAAGGCUUGUGGCGAGGCUGGCAUCUCCACCUCUUCGCAUGCCGCAGCAAUUGAGGGCGACCCCCCCAAGGCUUGGUGUCUGUCAGUUUACACUUCAGGAGCUGCUGCCGAUGGUGCACCAUGCCCUGAACAUGCAACCGAAGAUCAAGGGACAGAUGGAUUGCCUGAACUCCCCUGCCUCCCUGCAGAUCCUUCAGUCGGGCCCUUGGCAGUCGCUGCACCGACUCCUGGGCGACGGUCGGUUCUUCCGGCUCCUCGCUCACGAGAUUUACCUCCAUGUGCCUCCUGGAUCUCGUUGGCUGCAGCUGGCAGGCCGGCCAAGGCAGCUCAUGGCCGUGGCUGCGAGCGCCCCGCAGGUGAACCCCGGGCCGGUUGCCACAAAGCCGCACAGCUGGCGUCCCGGAUCCAUCUUCGUGGAGCGGCGCAUCUUCUACUCCUGCCGCUUCGCCGCUCGCGCAGGGCUGCCGCUGAGGAGCGCAGUGCGACGGGUUCCCGCAAGUCGGCAAGGGGCCGAGUGCCUGCUCAGCUGGAUACUGUCCCCACAGCUCUUCUGCAGCUUGCCCUCGCCCGACUUGCGCCAAGAAGCUCGUCCUCGUGGCAACCGCCAUGAGAGGCGGCGGCGUGGCCCGCGAAAGGGCGAGGGCAAAAGGGAGGAAGCAAAACCGAGCAGGACCAGCUCACAUCGCUUCACCCGCGCGAUUUUCGACGCCCUGAUUGAGCCAGUGCUCGCCUUGCUGCAGCAGAGCUCCAAAGUGAAGUUCCAGGCCAUCCUGGGGAGCUGCUGCCCGGCAAAGCACGAGAUGAUGAUCUUGAAGACCUUCGAGGCCAAGAACCCGAAGCGGAAGCGCCAGCCCGAGACUGGGCUCAAGAAGCGCAUGAUGGGUUUGAGGUGCCUCUGCAGCCGGGAUGGACUGAGUCAAGGUGAGGACCACACUUGUACCGGGGGAGAAGCCGAAAUCUACUUCAUGAAGAACUUCCCUGCAGCCUCCUGUGCACAGCCAUCCCGGGCUGUGGCCAGCUUCAUAAUCUCCAGCCUCAGGGAGCUGCUUGGGGGCCGGGAGGCCGCAAAAGGCCUUCUGGGUUCCAAGAACUGGCACGGCUUCUGCGAUCUCCUCCGAAGCUUUGUUUACCUCCGGCGUGGGGAGGAGCUCUCCUUGCACAACGUCCUGCAGGGCCUCUCUGUGCGGUCCUUCCAAGAUGCCCUUCUGAGCAAAAACCAGCCGGGGCGGCCGGGACAGCUGGCGGACAAGGCGGCCAUGAGCGAGGCACUGGGACGGCUCUGCUACUUUUUGCUGGCGCACGUGGCGGUGCCCCUCCUUCGGGAGCAUUUCUACGCCACGGAGGCGGAGCCCUGUGGGACGCAGACGGUCUUCUUUCGGAAGCACAUUUGGCACUUCAUCAGAACACGAGCCGACUGUGGGUUCCUGCACCUCUGCAUGCGGGACCAAAGCCCAACAAGCCAGCCCAGCCGGACGACGCCUCCGACGCCCCUGUCGCGAAGAUCUGCGGGCCAGUGGCUGAAGCCGCCGACGGUUCGCUGGGUGCCCAAGAGGCGUGGCCUGCGGCCCAUUGUGACCAUGGCGAAGUGGGCAUCACAGCAAGCACAAGUACCUCCCAGGGUGCAGCGCCAGGUUCUGCCAGUGCUCGCACAUCUGCGUGCCUCGCACCCAAAUGUCCUUGGCCGGUCAUUGCUGAGCCAGAACGAGGUUCACGCCAGGCUGGUGACGGCCUUCGAGAAACUCAAAGGCUCCAUUCGCCGCAGGGGCCAGGAUCUGUCGCAGGUAAAGCUCUUCGUGGCUGUGGCGGAUCUGCGCAACUGCUACGACCGGAUUGGACAUGAUUCUUUGCUCAGCCAGGUGGCAGCCUUGCCCUUGUCGCAUCGCUACAGGGUCACGAAGGUCUCAGCAAAGCGGGCCCUCGGAACGAGUGCGUCGGUUGGGAAAUCCAAUCGCUUGCUGGACGUAGCGCUGGCCGAGGAGGAGAGGCUGGACGCGCUGCUCCUCUCCGAGCGCUGCCCCGCUGCCCUGCGCAAGGAGCCGUUGAUCAUCCAGCCCUCGGGUUCCGAGGUGUUGCGGCUCUCCGAUGUGAUCGCAACGCUGAGGAGUGGUGUGCAGGGCUCUGCAGCGACCCUGGGCACGCAGCCCGAGAGGAGCCAGGACACUCAAAGGUUCCUUCUCAGGGGCAUCCCUCAGGGAGGUCGCUUUUCGCCUUUCUUGUGUGCACUGCACAUGGGGGCCGGCGAUGCGGCCCUUCCCUCACCGCUUCUUCAAGAUCUCAAGGAGGAAGCCUUCUUCUUCCGCUUGGUGGAUGACUUUCUCUACGUCUGCGCAGGCACUCCGGAGCCUUGCUGCAGGUUCUUGACGGGCCUGGCCUCGAAGGAGAAUGCCUUCCAAGGCGAGCUGAACCUGCGGAAGUGCAAAAGCAACUUCCCUAUGCGUGUGUCCGCGGCGGAAGACGAAGCCGACCUGUCACCACGCUUCGAGGCGAGGCAAGCCAAGAGGCGGCGCAGCGAUGUCUUGGAGGUUCCCUGGGCAGGUCUCUGUGUGCGCCCCGACAAGGGCUUGCUGAACAUCGGCACGUCCAAGCCGGCACAAAUCCGGGACACCCUGGCCAUCACCCACCGCUCCAGGCGUCGGGCCUUCAACUUGAGCACUGGCUCUACCUGGCAGGGCGUCGUCCGGUCCAAGCUGAUGGUCUUCUUGGACUUAAAGCUCCAGCCACUUCUCGUCGACCCGCGAUUGAACUCCGACGCCUGUGUGCAAAGCAACGUUUCCAGCGUCUGCAAGCUCUGUGCUCAGCGCUUCAUCUGGCUCCUCCUAAGGCGAGGAAGCAGUCACUUGGGCAAUGUGUCGCCUGCUUUCGUCACAAAGCACAUGCUGCGACUGGUCUGGAGGGCUGCUUGGCGCGCGGCCGCGGCACGUGCAAGUGUGCCGGGGCAUUCCGAGCUGGACCUCAGUGUCCUUUGCCUCCGAUCCUUCCUUGACGCGCUGCGCUCUCGACGGCGUCUGCCGCUCUUUGCCGAAGCCUACCGGGUUCUGCAGCGCACCCGGGCCAGGCUUCGGAGGGCCAAAGAGGCCAAGCGAGGGGAGAAAAAGCGGAUGGAUCACAUGGUCGCGCAUGUCGUGGACCUGGCGCUUCGGGCCUACCGUGCCACGGACCCGAAAUCCCGAGCCGAGCGCUCCCUCAGCGAGCUGCUGCGGGGUCUCGGCUAUGUAGUCAACAAGAAGGGCGACCUGGCCGGCAUCGAGUGGAAGGAUUGGAAGGCCUUCCGACACGAGGAGGCCUUUGAAGCCGAUGCAAGGUUUCUCAAGGCUCUUCUGGCCACCGCGUUUUCCGACAACCUUUUCAUAGGCGGGUACGGCAGUGUGCCGGCACAAGUGGAGGCCAACACGGGCAAGGCCGCGAAGAAGGCGCGGAAAGAGCUCGAGGCGUGGCAGAAAGAGAUGGAGACGAAUUCAUGCCCUCCCCGUGAGUCUUUGGUCGUCUUGAAAGGGAACAUCGAGGACCCCGACGGCUACGUGGAGUUCGUGUGCGGGACGCGCCCAAAAGCGGCCAUUUCCCUGGAGCCCAAAGAGGCUACCCUCGUGCACAUGGACGGCUUUAAAUCGGAGGCGAGCAGGUGGGCUCCCCUUCACUCGCGCGCCGAAGCGCCUCUGCUGGUGAGCCAAUCACGCUUGCCUGCAGAGUUCAACCUGCUGAGCCAGUUUGAGAAGCACAUGCAGGAGCUGCAGCGAGCGCGCAUCACCUCGGGCUGGACGUACAAGCCAGCUGCUGCCUCAAAGUUUCUAUGUCUUGGGAUGGGUCCGGUGAUGUGA